UUUUAUCGAAGAAGAAGACGCUCAUAUCGACCUCAGGGGAAGAACUGACAGCAAGUGUACCAACUUUUGUGACUAUAUAACGUUACUUGUCUUGGCAAUUGAUAUCCCACUAUUACAGUAAGGGACGGAACAAAAUAUAGUAUCAUAACACUUUCAAUGCUCAGAGUAUUGUAGACAAAACAAUGGUCAGUUCGUAAUAUGCACACCGAUUGCCUCGGCUCGGUCGUCCCCGUGUGGUCGGCUGCUUCUGUCAGUUAGCAUCUUGCAAGCCUCUGUUCUCUCCUCGGCUAAAGGUCAGGAUCUUCUGAUGACAUCCAGGUGCGCAACAGCGCCUUAAUUUAGGAAAUCAGAUCAAAUGUCAUUCAGUCGUAGGUGAUGUUGUUCAGGAUUCAGCAUGAUCAAACAUUAAGGGAAAGCAACAUGACUAAGUCACAUGUACACGAUUCAACGUAACUUCCCUUACAACUCUACACUUUAUUUAAAGAAGCAGUUUGAUUUUUGCAUCCUGUGUGUUGUUAAAGUUUGAAAUUAGAUAUCCGGAGGUUGAAUUAAACUGGACAUUUUGCCAUUUUUUUCUGAGCUCUCUUAGCUUUCUCGUUUAGCAUUGUGGCCGGUGUAGCUGUCGGACGGUUCCACAACAGGAAGAGGACCAUCCUGUCUUCCGUUACCGCUGCCGGUGUGGUUUAAUGUCGGUGUAGUUGUAGGUGUAGCUGCCUCCUUCCUCAGCCGGGGACUUCAUGUUUAACCAUCUCUCCGCUGCUCUCACGCUGCUUCCCCGCCGCCUGCUCUUUUCCUCACCGGGCGCUUUGACCAGAGGCUGCCGCCUCCUCGGGACGAUGGAGCCGGCCGUGGUGAGGUGCAUCCCCGGUGAGCACAAACUCACCAUCUCCUUCUGUCUGGACGGCAGCUACAGGCACAUGUUGCGGGACCAGGACGAAGCGGUGGGCAAAGUCCUGCUCCGGAUCUCUAACAACAGCUCCAAGGGUCAAGGCAAGGCAAAGAAGUCGAAGAAGAACAAGGGACAGCAGCCGUGUGAAACCCCGGAGGCCCCCGUGGUGAAGUUGUACUACGGCGGGGACGAGGUGGCCGGCACGGUGCUGAACUCGGAGGCGUGGCAGGACGGAGCCGUGCUGCAGGUGGGGGACGUUAAAUACUCGGUGCAGAGGAACGCUCCCACCUUCACCACCGCGGAGCUGCCGGUGUCCCUGCUGGCCGGCUUCCCCGUCUGCCCCAAUCUGAAAGUGGAGUUCGGGAACCUGCAAGACUGCGAGUUCAAGUGGUUUAAAGAAAGUGUCCCAAACACAAGCCCUGAAGCUGCUGGAGAAGCUCCAGGUCAGGACAGCAGCUGGACAGAGGUAGGAUGUGGAAGAGUCCACGUCCCGUCCAACGAGGACAUCGGCUGCAGGCUCAAACUGUGCUGCACACCUAAAGAUGGGAGCCGCAGUGGCCCGGCCAAGGAGCUGGUCUCUGCGGUAGCCGUAGAGGCCGGACCAGGCGUGUGCACGUACGACAACCGACACGCUUACACUGUGAAAGAGGCGGAGUGGCCGGUUGUAAGGGUGGUGUCUUACAACAUCCUCGCUGAUGUCUACGCCCAGACUGAACUGUCCAAGAAUGUGCUUUACCCGUACUGUGCCCCCUAUGCCCUGCAGCUGGACUACAGGCAGAACCUGAUCAAGAAGGAGCUGGCCGGAUACAACGCUGACAUCAUCUGUCUGCAGGAGGUCGACAAAGGAGUGUUCACUGACAGUCUGACUCCAGCUCUGGAUGCCUUCGGUCUGGAUGGUGUUUUUCGGAUCAAAGAGAAGCAGCAUGAAGGACUGGCUACAUUCUACCGCAGGUCCAAGUUUCAGCUGCUGAGCUGUCAUGACAUCGUGCUGCAAGCUGCAUUGACCUCUGACCCCAUCCACUCCGAGCUGCUGCAGGGGGUUUCCACUAACAGCACUCUGAAGGAAAAGAUACUGCAGAGGUCCACCACCCUGCAGGUCAGUGUGCUUGAGGACCUGAAUAAACCGGGCAGGAAGGUCUGUGUGGCCAACACUCACCUGUACUGGCACCCAAAAGGAGGAAACAUUCGUUUGGUGCAGAUGGGCGUGGCGCUACAACACCUGAGUCAUGUGAUCAGCGAGGUUGCACCUGGAGCCCCUCUGGUCUUCUGUGGGGACUUCAACUCCUCCCCUGACUCAGGUGUGUUCCAGCUGGUCAGUGAGGCUGCGGUUCCUCAGCAUCAUGCAGACUGGAGCAGCUUUGGACCGGAGGAGUCCUGCUGUAUGGAGCUGCUCUCUGCCUUCCCCCCACUGCUGAGCGCCUGCAGCCAGCCAGCCUACACAAACUAUGUGGGAGGGUUUCACGGCUGCCUGGACUACAUCUUCAUACAGCCGGACAGCAUGCAGGUGGAGCAGGUAAUUCCUCUGCCCAGCCACCAGGAGGUCACCACCUACAAGGCUCUGCCCAGCGUGGCUCACCCCUCCGACCACAUCGCCCUGAUCUGUGACCUGCGCUGGAACCCCUGACCUCUGACCCCAAACCACCUGAACAAAAAGACACUGAGAACUGGGCCAUCGGUUGCUCCAGCAAAUAACAUUCUGACUCUGGAUUUCUUUAUACUCCGAGCACAGAAACAUGUUUCUGCAGGUUUACUGGAAAGGAAUGAAAGAAUGCAGAAACAUGGACGAGCAGAGAAUCUCACAUGACUGAAAUGUUGUGAUUAAGUUCAUAUUGUAUUAUUAACAGUACAAUAAUUAAUUAAGUCCAAUCACUGAUAUUCAGUGUUGAGGUUGUUAAGUAAUUAAUUACUCUGAUUGGUACAUACUCCUUACAGAAAGAUAAGUUGCAUUACUGGAUCAUACAAGGUUGAUGAUUAUUAUCUGUCUGACCUCAUAUUACCAACAGGGACCUCUGCUGGCUAAGCCUCCUCCUUCAAAACUGUUGUUAUGGCGUGCUUAAUAAAUAAAUAUCAACAUUUUAAUAAAGGUAUUAUUAUUAUUAUUGCCAAACAAGUUGCUCAGUGGUCCUUUAAGUUUUUAAAUAAAGUUUGAGUCUAUG